AUGGCUCUCGGACCUUCUGACAUCCACGCAAAGACCAAGACCACAUGGCACAUCGGCUCAUGGGGUAACCCCUACGAGGGUGGUGGCCGACCCGGAAAGGGCGUCGUCACCUACGCACUGAGCCCCAACCGUCAGCGCCCCAUGGCCACCUUCAUCGGCAAGGGCUUCUGGAACGUCGUGCGCCGCUCGAGGAACCAGGUCCUCUACUUCAUCCCACCUCUGGCCAUCGCAUACGGCACUAUGCAGUGGGCUAUCGAGAAGAACGAGUUCCUCAACUCCAAGACUGGCCGCGCCCUGUACGGCGACGAGGAGUAA